AUGUAUCUCCUCUUACUUCAGUUGCUUGUGCUUUUGCCUCUGGGGAAGGCAGGCCGAUGUGUGGGUGGCUGCCAGAGUCAGAGCCCCUUUUCCUUUGUGCUCCUAGAAAGGGGUCGCAGAGAUCUCCACAUCGCUAACCAAGAGGAGGCAGAAGACAAGCCAGAUCUGUUUGUAGCAGUGCCACAUCUCAUAGGUGCCAGUCUGGCUGGGGAAGGCCAGAGGCAGAGAGAAAAGAUGCUGUCCAGGCUUGGAAGACUCUGGAAGAAACCUGAGACAGAACUUCACCCCACAAAGGAUGUGGAAAAUGAUCAUGUCGCAUUGGGAAUCCAGGCCCUCACUCAGUCAGCAGCUGAGAGGAAAGUGGAGAGAUCACCUCUUCAGGAGGAAGCCAAGAAAUUCUGGCAUCGCUUCAUGUUCAGAAAAGGUCCAGCCUCCCAGGGGGUCAUCUUGCCCAUCAAAAGCCAUGAAGUACAUCGGGAGACCUGCAGGACAGUGCCCUUCAACCAGACAAUUGCCCAUGAAGACUGUGAAAAAGCUGUUAUCCCAAACAACCUUUGCUUUGGGAAAUGCGGGUCCAUUCAUUUUCCUGGAGCCGAGCCACAUCCCUACAACUUCUGUUCCCACUGCUCGCCCACCAAAUUCACCACCAUGAGCUUGAGGCUGAACUGCACUAGCCCAACCCCCGUGGUCAAGAUGGUGAUGCAAGUGGAAGAAUGCCAGUGCAUGACAAAAGCGGAACAUGGAGAAAGGCACUUCCCACUGGCUGGUUCCCAGGAGUCCUUCAUCCCUGGACUUUCAGCCUCAAAAGCUAUCCCAUGA